ACCACUGGCUCCUCUCCAGGGAUGAGGGCGGUGGGAUGCGGCAGGUCACGGGGACCAGCUAAGCCACCUGCCCCUUGAAGGCUUCGUUCGCCGUGUGCCUGGACACUGCUGUGUCCUUCCCUGGCUACUCCUUCACGCCUCUCCUCGCUCCCACAUUGUGGGUGUCCAGUCCCCCUUGUUUACGGAAGGGGGUGGGGGAAGAAUCGAGGGGGAGGCAGCCUGCAUCCAUCCCAAACAGAAGUCUUGGCGUGUGACUCAUCAGCUUGGCUUUAAAGAUCUCCGUUGCUUCAUUCAAAGGAGCGCACUCCUCUUCAGAGGAGCCCCAUGGUUGUUCCUGUCUGCUCCAAAGAGGAUGGAUUGAAAGCUGCGUCUUCUGGGCGUUGCUUGAGGCAGUGCUGAUCUUCAUGGACAUGAUGGGGCUUUUUCACUGGAUUAUUGCCAGGAUUAGUUUACACACUGAAACCGUGCGUUGUUAGGCCUUGCUGGCUGCAAGUUAUGUUUGUCUUGUGUUCAUGUAAAGUUUCUGUGGAGAUUUGGGUUAAAAAUUGUGGCGGGUAGCCUGCAUCAGAAGAGAUUCUCUUCCUCCCUGGUUGUUGUGACAACCGCAAUCUGUCCUCGAUGCCUUCAGCCUUGGCCAUCUUCGCUUGCCGCCCGAACUCUCACCCGUUUCAGGAGCGCCAUGUCUACCUGGACGAGCCCGUCAAAAUUGGCCGCUCAGUGGCCCGCUGUCGGCCAGCUCAGAAUAAUGCUACUUUUGACUGCAAGGUGCUGUCCAGGAACCAUGCACUUGUCUGGUUUGACCACAAGACAGGCAAGUUCUACCUUCAAGACACUAAAAGUAGUAAUGGUACCUUUAUAAACAGUCAGAGACUGAGCAGAGGAUCUGAGGAAAGCCCACCAUGUGAGAUAAUGUCUGGUGACAUCAUCCAGUUUGGUGUAGAUGUGACUGAGAACACGCGGAAAGGUAAGGUUACCCAUGGAUGUAUAGUCUCCACAAUUAAACUAUUUCUUCCAGAUGGUAUGGAAGCUCGACUACGAUCAGAUGUUAUCCAUGCUCCGUUACCAAGUCCUGUUGACAAGGUUGCUGCUAACACUCCCAGUAUGUACUCUCAGGAACUGUUUCAGCUUUCACAAUAUCUACAGGAAGCCUUACAUCGGGAACAAAUGUUGGAACAGAAGUUGGCCACCCUUCAGCGACUGCUCGCUGUCACGCAGGAAGCUUCAGAUACUAGUUGGCAGGCUUUAAUAGAUGAAGACAGGCUGCUAUCACGGCUAGAGGUUAUGGGAAACCAAUUACAAGCUUGUUCAAAAAAUCAAACAGAAGACAGUAUACGAAAGGAACUUAUAGCAUUACAGGAAGACAAACACAAUUAUGAGACAACAGCCAAAGAGUCCCUGAGGCGGGUCCUACAGGAGAAAAUUGAAGUGGUCAGAAAGCUCUCUGAAGUGGAGCGAAGUUUAAGUAACACGGAAGAUGAAUGUACUCACCUGAAAGAAAUGAAUGAGCGGACUCAGGAAGAAUUGAGAGAAUUAGCCAAUAAGUACAAUGGAGCUGUAAAUGAAAUUAAAGACCUCUCUGACAAACUAAAGGUUGCAGAAGGAAAACAAGAAGAAAUCCAGCAGAAGGGCUUGGCUGAGAAAAAAGAAUUGCAACAUAAAAUAGAUGAAAUGGAAGAGAGAGAACAAGAACUUCAGGCAAAAAUAGAAGCUUUGCAAGCUGACAGUGACUUCACCAAUGAACGGCUAACUGCUUUACAAGUACGGUUAGAACAUCUUCAAGAGAAAACUCUUAAAGAACACAACAGUUUAGGCAUACAAGUUGAUGACUUCAUACCUAAAAUUAAUGGGAGCACAGAAAAAGAGCACUUUCUUUCAAAGAGUGGAGGGGACUGCACUUUUAUUCAUCAGUUCAUAGAAUGCCAGAACAAGCUCAUAGACGAGGGACAUCUAACCAAAGUGGAAGAAGCAAAGCUAUUAAAAGAGAACCAAGCAAAAGCAAAAGAAUCUGAUUUGUCAGACACACUCAGCCCAAGCAAGGAGAAAAGCAGUGACGACACUACAGAUGCCCAGAUGGAUGAACAAGAGCUAAAUGAACCUGUUGCUAAAGUAUCGCUUCUAAAAGAUGACUUGCAGGGUGCACAAUCAGAAACUGAGGCUAAACAAGAAAUUCAGCAUCUGCACAAGGAGCUGAUUGAUGCCCAAGAGCUUGCUAGAAUAAGUAAACAAAAAUGUUUUGAACUUCAAGCAUUAUUGGAAGAAGAGAGAAAAGCAUACCGACUGCAGGUUGAGGAGUCCAGCAAGCAAAUACAGCUUCUACAAGCUCAGCUACAAAGGUUACAACAGGAUAUUGACAAUCUUCGUGAAGAAAAAGAGAAUGAAAUUUCAAGCACUCGGAAUGAAUUGCUCAGUGCUCAGGAUGAAAUUUUGCUUCUCCAACAAGUGGCAGAAAAGGCUGCAUCAGAAAGAGACAUUGAUAUUGCUACUUUGCAAGAAGAGCUGCAGAAGGUGCGGGGUGAGCUUGAGCGAUGGCGGAGAGAAGCCUCUGAAUAUGAAAAAGAAAUUGUCAAUUUGCAAGCCAGCUUUCAACUCCGAUGUCAACAGUGUGAGGUUCAGCAGAAAGAGGAAGUUAAUCGUUUACAGGGUGAACUUGAAAAGUUGAGAAAGGAGUGGAAUGCUCUAGAAUCUGAAUGCCUUACUCUAAAGAAAGAGAAUACUUUGCUUGCAUCUGAGCUUCAACGACAAGAGAAGGAGCUACACAGCUCUCAGAAACAGAGUUUAGCGCUAACCAGUGAUCUAAGUGUUCUUGAAAUGACUCGCAAAGAACUUGAAAAUCAAAUGGGAACUUUGAGGGAACAGCAUCAACGGGAUGCAGUGAGUCUAAAAUCUCUACUCACUGAGGCUGAGAAUCAAGCAAAGGAUGUACAGAAAGAGUAUGAAAAGACACAGGCUGUACUCUCAGAGCUGAAGUUGAAGCUUGAGAUGACUGAGCAGGAAAAGCAAUCAAUCACAGAUGAGCUCAAACAGUGUAAAGAAAACCUGAAGCUGCUACAAGAAAAAAGAAACAAUCCUUCCAUAUUACAACCCGUCCCAGCCGUAUUCAUCGGCCUAAUCCUGGCUUUCCUGUAUUGGUGUUACGGCCCAUUGUGGUAGAGAAAGAGACAGUGGCCUUGGAUGCCUGUGAUGGCAGCUUUGGUUGCUGUAACAGCCGUGGUGCUGUACCCAGGCCUAACCAGAGCUUCUCCAUGAGAACUGUUGUUGAAUCCAUACACCGUCCUCCCUUUUAGAAGCUGGCAUCACUCUCAUACUGGGGGAAAACAGAUUAAUUCUCUUCCUUUUUACCUCUUAAUACAAUGCAGCUCUGCGUGAGAACAGCAGUAGAGUCAUUUGCUUUAAACUGUAUAAAAUGUAUCUGUCUCUAAAGAGGGAAUAAAAUUGUGACUUCAUUCUACUGUGAGCAAUACUUUUGCUUACAAUUUCAUGUAAUUUUUAAAUUGGUAUGUUGGGAUUCUGAAUACUAUAAUGGUGGCCUAAAAUAGGCUUCUUGGUACCAAAUUAUUUAUAAUGGUUAGGUUUGUGGAUAUUUUGCUUUAGAAUCUGAUUGCCAGGUUUAAAGGAUAAACAUGCUUUUCUGAUUUGGAUACCCAUGCCAAAUAACCGUGUAGCUACUUGGAACACAUGUGGUGUGCUCAGUGCCUUUCAGUUUGGGGUUUUUUUCACAUUAAUAUAUACCAUUUGACUUGCUGUCAGUCACUGAGCUAUUGGGAACAAGAUAAUGUCUCUUUCCAGGCCUUUUGAAGGAAGCAAAUAGUUUUCUUUGGUGAGGAUUUUGGUUUAUUAAUGAUUUUGGGGAAUAAAUACAGUUCAUGUCCAGCCUUAAAGAGAUAAGAUAGAGAAGACAUUGAUGGCAAACACCAGCCUAGAAUAUUUUGUGUGUGCGUGAGUGCAAGCAUGUGUGUGUUCUUGAGUGAACUAAAAGGUAUUUCUGGGAGCAAAUACUUGGUCAUUUGAUGGACAUAGUGCAGUGAUUCAACUUAUGUUAACUUUAGUUUGAAUGUAAUUUAUUAAAUUUCAUAUAUUUAAAGAGACAGUCUUUAAAAGUAUGAAUACUUUCUCACAUAUCACAUUUUAUCCAUUUAUUUUUUUCAAUCAUUUAAUACUUUCAAAAUUGAGCUGGAGAAGUAAUAUUUGUCUCUUCAGAUAAGCUUUUAUUGACAUAACUUCAUUAAGAAAACUGCAAGAGUGCAUAUAUGAUUAACUGAGAAAAAAGAUUCCAUGGUGGACAAAGUAAUUGCAAAGCUGGGAUCAGUUAACUGAUCAAGUGUGCAUCAGUUGAUGAGAUGGUUUAAUUUUGGUAAUUAGAAGCUUUGCAUCAACAUGGCGUUAAAAUACAGUACAGUGGUCCCCAUUAAAAAGUGUAUUUUCCUAGUCUAAGAGCGUUAACUGUUGUUAAUUAUUGACUUUUAAUGAGAACCACUGUAACUGAGCAUUGAAUUUAAAUGUUGGCUACAAGUUGUCUUGCGCAACUCAACAGUUCUAACAAAAAUGUUUAUUAAGGACUUGUACAGUAUGCUAAAAUGGAUUGCAAAGGAAAAUGGUUUGGUUAAGGGAAACUUCAAAAUAGGAAGAUUAUCUCAAAGAUUUAUUUGGCUUUAAAAUAUUAAUGGCAAUCAACAGAUCUAGUUAAAUAUUUAAAUAGAAAUUUAGUAUAUAAUUUGCCUUGUGAGGUUUUGAGGGUCAUUGUCUGUCCUUUUAAUUAAAGGUUCUAUCUUAAGCUACUUGGGAUUUGCUAACAGGAGGAUCAUUAGAUUUUUGGAAAAAAUAGUCCACAAGUGACUCUUAGAAAGUGUUAUUAUCAUCUAGUUUGUUUCUUUUAUCAUUUUCAGUUGCAGGAAGCCACCCAACCACAAAACACUUGUUUGCCAGUGGUACUCAGUACCUCUUGUAUAUAGGUUAUUGCAAAUAUUGUUCUGAAAUGCUUAACUUCAGAAUUACAUUUUUUAAAGUAAAUAAUUGUUUUAAAUCUAUUUUGUAAAGAUAUAAAAAGUACAUUAGAAUUUCUGGAGUACAGAUUAAACUAUUUGCACUAACACAUGUGAUGUGCAUGAUUUAAUAAAAUAACUUUACUCUCCCUGUG